UAUCCUUCCUCUAGUUGCCAGGUGCAAGGCUUACAGGAAGGAUACUCUUCUCUCUGAACUUCCAUAAUUUUUUACAUCAAUUUUCUCACAGUUUUUUCCAGUAAACCUUUAACUAAUCAUUGUUAGCCCUUAACUGUCGAUUUAUAACAAUCUAGUGAGUUAUCUUGUCAAGUUUCUAAACUUCAGUUAAAGUUUUUUGAGGUUAUGUUAUUUAAAAUUUUGGAGGUCAGCGCUCAUCCGUGACGAGAGAGAGAGUGAGGGAGUUAGUGAGAGAGUGUGUGAGAGUAAGUGAGAGAGAGACAGCGAAUAACCCAACCGGUUCCCCAUUGUUGUCAAUUUUUAGUUCAGUUUUGUGACUGGCUUUUGAUCGUGAACGUGAACUUUGGUAUUUUGUGUUUGUGACCGAAAAGAAUUUCUCUUAUCAGUGUGAAAUUCACGAAAAUUCUGGUGAAAUCUUCUUAGUGAUAAGGAUGUCAACAGAGAAAGUCAUCUGCGUUUGUGAGUGACUUGCUAAAGCUUCGAGCGAGAUGAUUGAAGUCUACAGAACGGAAACUGGGAAAAAUACCACAUUUUUAACAAAAUACCAUCAUAAACCUGAGAUGACAAACUGAGUUUCAGUCAUGUCCAACAGAUUUCAUAAAGCUGCUCAAGAUGGCAUGCUUGAGAUUCUGAGAGAGGCAACAAAGCGGGAUUGCAAUGCGAAAGACGAGGAUGGAAUGACUCCCACACUCUGGGCUGCCUAUGAGGGAAAUCUUGAUGCUUUAAGGCUGCUUGUUGGUCGUGGGGGUGACCCAGAAAAAUGCAACUACCACUUCGGGCAGAGUGGACUGCACUUGGCGGCCGCCAGAGGUCACCUGCCUUGUGUCACCUUCCUGGUGGCGUUUGGAGUCAAUGUGUGGCAACUGGACCACGACUCACGCACGCCCAUGCAGCUGGCAGCCGCCCAUUCAAGGCAUGCCGUCCUCGACUACCUCGAUAAAGCAGCUGCCAAACAGGAGGUAACCAACAAGAGAGAGGCGAAAUUGAGGAAGGAGAAGGCACAAAAGGAUGCCGAACGCCAUAGAAGGAAGUACGAAGAGAGAAUGAAGAAGGAACGGGAGAAGGAAGAGAAGAGGAUAAGAAAGAUAAAGAAAGUGGAGAAGGAAAUUCUUGGAGGGCACAAGAUAGAGGUGGAUACUCCGAUACCUACAACUCUCCCUUCAAGAAAAUCGGUAAUAGAGGUGACAGGACCCUCGUUCACUCAAAUUGUGGGAGCAGGAACGUUAUCCAAGAAACCAGCUGUUCAGACAGGUGUGAAGAAAAUUAUCGACAGGAAACUCAGGGCAACAAGCCAACUCAAGCAUAGCAGCAACGAUAUCAGGGUGGAUCCAGAACCCAACAAAAUCAUACACACAGGCCAAAGAAAAGAUUCGCAAAUAAUCUAUGUCAAUUCCUAUGAUGCUCAAAAUAAUGGUGGAAAACGUGGUAGAAUAGCCGACGUUUUUGACACAAAAGGCGAAUUAAUUCGCUCCAUAUCGCAGCCCGAUUAUCUGAACAGUGCCGGAGUCGGAGGUGUUGAAGUGGGGGGAAGCCCCCUUCACGAACAGGCAAGCAUCUUUGAUAGACCUGGAUUCGGUAGUGUUGCUUUUAGACAAAGAAACGCCCUAGCCGGAACCUUGAGUGCCCUGCCAGCCCUGGACCUAGACAAGGACAGCGGGGGAGAAGGACAGGAUGGGUUAGGAGUAGGAGGGGGAGGAGAAGUAGGAGUAGGAGGAGGAGAAGAGGAUAGCAGUAUUGGCAGUGCUGGGAGUCUGGCUAAGAGGAACCAGGUGGGAGGGGUGGGAGGAGUCCUACAUUGGCAGCAUCAUCACGCCGACAUUGAUACUAGUGAUGAAGACCCCCUAGACACAGGAAGCGACUUGGCCUUGGGCGACACGAGUGGCUGGUCGGUGGCGCUGAAGCGGUUCCUGGUGGCGUCGGGGUGCGGCGAGUGGUGGCCGCAGCUGGUGGAGCAGCGCAUCGACCUGGACGCCCUGCUGAUGCUCAGUGACGGUGACCUGGUGCAGCUAGGCAUGCCCAUGGGGCCCCGCCGCAAGCUGAUGCAUCAGUGCCGACAGCGCAGGCAGGCCAUCGACACACCAGGGGACAUGCACGAUAGUCGGCUGUGAUAGGGCCACCUGAUAGACAAGGAGAGCAAAGAGGCAGGAGAUAGAGGUGAAGAGGGUGAUACAGGGAAGGAGAAAGUGAGAGAGUAAGAGAGAAGAUUAAGAAGAAGAAUAGUAGGUGGUAGAAGAAGAUAGUGACAGAGAGAGAGUCAGUGGUGGAGGAGUCGGCUGUUAUAGGUGCGGCUGAUAGACAGGGAGAGCAAAGAGGAAGGAGAUAGAGGUGAAGAGGGUGAUACAGAGAGGGAAUGAGUGAGAGAGUAAGAGAGAAGGUUGAGAAGAAGAAGAAGAAGAAGAGUAGGUGGUAGAAGAAGAUAGAGACAGAGUGAGUUAGUGGAGGAGAGGAAGAAGAAAAAGAAGUGGAAGAAAAAGAGGAAGGAGAAGAGGGAAGAAAUAGUACGGAGUAGAAGAAGAUAGAGACAGAGGGAGACAGUGAAGGAGGAGAGGAAGAAGAAAAAGAAGUGGAAGAAGAAGAAGAGAAAAAGUGGAGGAUAAAAGAAGAAGAUAGAGUAAAGGAUAGAGGCGGAGUAGAAGGUGAGGAUAACAGGAAGGAUUGAUUGAUUCUUUUUUAUUUUGUUAGAGGGAUGAGAAGAAGGGAAAGAAGAAGAAGGGGAAGAAGAGGAAGAGUUAGAAGAAGGAGAAGAAGAAAAAUAAGAUUAGGUAGUAGAAGGAGGAAGAGAGAGAGAGAGUGAGAGCGAGAGUGAUAUAGUUUGUGAGGAGGGGAUGAGGAAGAAGAGAAGUAGAGGAAGGAGAGAAAGAAGAGUAGGUAGUAGAAAAAGAUAGGGAGAUAGUGAAGGAGAGGAAGAAGAAGAAGAAGUGGAAGAAGGAGAAGAUUAGGUAGUGAAAGGAGGAAGAUAGAGAGAGUGAGAGUGAAAGCGAGAGUGAUAUAGAGAGUGAAGAGGGGGAGAGGGAGAAGAGAAGUAGAGGAAGGAGGGAUGUAGAGGGAGGAGUGAUAGAAGAGUAGGUAGUAGAAGAAGAUCAGGACAGAGGGAGAUAGUGAAGAAGAAGGAGAAGAAGAAGAGGAUAAGGAAGAGGAGGAGGUAGGAGAAGAAGGAGAAGAAGAAGAGGGAGAAGAAGAAGAGGAGGAAGAAGGAGGCAAAGGAUGAGAAGAGUAAGAGUAACAGGGAGAGAAGAAUAGUAGAGAGGACAGGAAGAGGAUGAUGAAAGGGAGAAUAAAAAUGAGAGAGAAGGAGGACAAGGGAAAGAAGAGUAAACGAAGGACAAAAAGAGCGAGUAGGAGAAGGAGAAGGAAACGAGAGUAAAAGAGAGAGUAAAGGGAGAAGAUUAAGAAAAAGAUGGAAAAGGAGUAGAAGGAUUAAAAAAUUAGAAUUAGAAAGAGAAGAAAAGAAAAAGAAGAAUAGUAUAGCUGGCAGAAUGAGGUGGAGAAGAAGAAGAGGAAGAGAAGAGCUGAAUAUAGAGCAGGCGGUGCUGGUGAAGAAGAAGGAGAGGAAGAAGGAGAAUUGGUUGUAGCAGAAGGGGGAAGAGAAGAAUAGAAGAAUGAGCAGGAUGAGGUGAAGGAGUAGGGAUGAGAAGAACUGAAAAAACUGCCUGCGGUGAAGAAGAAGAUGAAGGAGAAGGAGAACAAUAAGAACAAGGAGAAGAGUAUGAGGAGGAGAAAAUAUAGAAGAGGAAGAAGUAGAAGAAAAAGAAAAAAAGGGGAAAGACAAAGAAGAAGAAGAAGCUGAAAAAGAUGAAGAAAAGGGGAAAAAUGAAGAAUAAAGAAAGUAGAAAACGGAGAAGAGGAAGAAGAUUGUGAGGAAGAAGAAGAAAGAGAAAGAGGAAGAUAAUUAUUAUUCCACAAGUUGAAUGUAGCAUUGGUCAAGAAUACCCAAGGCUUUCUAUCAAAUCUUUAUUUCGAAGUGCUGUAACUCCUUCGAAAAUCAUGAUUUUUGAACAACAUCACCGUAUAGGUAAUUUUAUUCUCUUCAAAAUUGUUUCCUGUAAAAUUCACCUAAAACGCACCGUUAAGGAGUUACAAGCCAAAAACUGCACGAACUACACAAUAUUCUAUUCUCACAGACUUCCGAAUGUCAGCUGCCAAAACUUAGAACAGCUCUGGAGCCUGAUAGAUGAGUGAAGGAACGUCAGCACAUUCUGCCGGCAGAAAUCUGAACUAAACGUCACCUGCAAUUCUGCAAACGGGAGCGCUCGCCCCACCUAGCGGCAGCAAUUGUAACUAAUCUAUACAUUGAUUCAGUUUUUCACGAUUUGUGGCCUUAUUGUUGAUUUUACGGUAAAAAUGCAUAUAACACAAAUUGUAGAGAAUGAAACAGGAAAUUUACCUAAUAACAUUUUUUCGUAUCGUCCCGUAUAAGCCUGGAAUUUACAAAAAAGCUGUAACCAUUCUAUGCACUGAUUCAGCUUUUCGUUAAUUUUGAUGUAAUUAUUGACUUUAUGGUAAUAAUGCAUGAGUCGAAAGUUGUAGGGAGUGAAAUGGAGAACAAAUUAUGUUUCAUCAACUUUUCUCGUUUCUACUUGUAUAAGGCUGAAAUUUAAAAAAACACUAAAAAUAAGCUGUUGAUGGUGGCUAUUUAUAGUGAGUGAAAAUCAUUGUAAACUUUAAUAAUAAAUUAUAGUUCAUUUUCUUCUUAUCAUACAUUUCCCUCGAAAAGAAAGAAGAAGUGGAGGAGGAGGAAGAGAAGGAAGAAGAAUAUAUAUUGUUCCUCGAACUGACUUAACUAUAUGCAGAAGACAAUUCAACUACAUAGUAAAUAAACUAAUAAAUAUUAUUCCAGAACAUUUUAUAAAAAUAAAACCCUCUAAAGCACUUAAAACAAAAAUUGAGAACUGGAUCAAGAUUGAAAAUGUUGUAGUCAAACUAUUUCAACUCUAGGCAUUCAUCAACUCUUUAUUAUCAUGUUUUAUUCAAAUUAUUACUAUCUUUAAGUAAUACUACCUUUACUAUCUGAAAGUUGUCUAUCAAACUAUGAAUUUGUUACUUUGUCUUAUCGUUUGUAAGUAUUGAGAUGUGACCUGGUUUCCAUAGUUUUAUUUAUUUUAGUGGUUUGAAUUAGCUCUUUUUUCUAUUGACAUGUUUGCUGUACCUAGUUGCUCAAACUCACUGCCGGCGCACAAGUUUUCUUUGCCGGUAGUGCCAUUUUGUAAGUUAAAAUAUUUAUUUUAUCAAUCUGUAUUAUUUUAUGGCAAAUAAAUGAAUUUAAAAAAAAAGAAGAGGAGGAAGAAAAAGAGGAAGAAGAAGAAGAUGAGGAAGGAAAUGUAUGAGAAGAAAAUGAACUAUAGAAGGAGAAGAAGAAGAAGGAGAAGAAGAAGAAGGAGAAGAAGAAGAAGGAGGAGAAGAAGAAGAAGAAGAAGAAGAAAGAAGAAGAAGAAGAAGAAGAAGAAAAGAAGGAAGAAGAGUGAGAUAACAGCAGAGAAAGCAGAAGACAGCAAAUAAAGCAAGGCAGUGGGAGAAGCAGUAGGCUAGAUGAAACAAAAGUUGUGGAGAAGGAAGAGGAGAAGGAAGAGUAGAAUUGAGAGGAGAAGGGAGAAUAAAAAAGAAUAAAAGGAGGAAGUUUCGUUAAGAGUUGAAAGUUGAUGAACUUUUAGGUGUAUGAAUUUCCAGUAUUAGGAUAGAGUAUACUUCAUUGCAUUAUUUAAAAUCAAUAUUAAUAAUAAAUUAAUAAAUGAUAAUUAUUAAUUGUAUUACAUUGAUAUGACUUGUGUGAUUAUUUCCAGUGCACUCUGAAUCUAUAUAUUUCUGUCACAAUAGACUACCUCUCAAAUUUUUCUAUCUCGUGUAGUUGAUUCUUGUUUUUGUAAAACUAUUUUUCCACUUUAAAAUAAGAUUUAUAAAUAUUGUUUGAACCUUCAAGUAUUGUUUGAUUUCUUCCAAAAUCUUGAUUUCUAAACGAUUUAGUUUGCCGGUUGCACAAAAGCAAGUUGAAUUUAAAUUUAAUCGUGGUUAAUUUCGCAAGAACCAAUCAAAGAAGUGUUUUCUUUAACUGCUUCUCUGGCUGGCUCUUGCUGAAUUAACCAAGAUUAAAACCUAACCGGCUUUUGUGCAACCGGCACUAGAUGUCUCAGAUACUUUUCUCUAGAAUGUUUUUGUGUAUUCCAUUUUUCAACUACAUGUAACAAUGAUAAAUGAUUGAAUAGAUAUUUUGAAAAAUAUAAUAAUAACUAAAAAUUUAAUUUUGUUUCACAUAAUAUCAGUCAUUAUUCAAUAAGUGUGUGUGUAUUUCAUUUUCCAACUCCAUGUAACAAUGAUAAAUAAUUGAAUAGAUAUUUUGAAAAAUAUAAUAAUUAAAAAUUUAAUUUUGUUUCACAUAUCAGUCAUUAUUCAAUAAGUGUGUGGGUGUAUUUCAUUUUCCAACUCCAUGUAACAAUGAUAAAUAAUUGAAUAGAUAUUUUGAAAAAUAUAAUAAUAAUGAAAAAUUCAAUUUUGUUUCACAUAAUAUCAGUCAUUAUUCUAUGAGUUUAUACUCACGUUUGCGUUUUCUCACAUUUCAAUUCCUAUUAUAUUCUUAACAUAAUAACUAUAAAAUAUGUUAGUUUUCAUCACAAAUCCACAUUGUGUCGUUGUUUUUAUGAGUUAAAAUAAAUAUAGUAUUUUUGUCACAAAA